AUGUCCAAACCUAGGUUCGCGUGGUACCUAGUAGUCAUUCAUGUUGUUACGAUUUGGCGUCUGCGAGCAAAAGAUUAAUAGAUCAAAUCCAUUUCAACUGUUCCAUGAUUACUGAAACUUACAUCUUAUGACAUUGACAUACUGUUCACAGUGCUUAUGUGGUGAUUCUACCGAACAAAUAUUAUUACUUUGUCGGUCUCUAUUGAUUUAAUGAUAUCAUUUGAAUUAUAUUACCGUUUAAUUUGCGCCCCGAGAUAAUAACCUAAACCCUGGUAGAAGUAUGUCAAAACAAAUAAUAUUUUCAAAUUUUUUAAAUAAACUUGAAGAAUAUGAAAAUUCAAAUUUUAUUUGGUGUGCUGAUUUGAUAGCUAAUGGACGUCAAACACUACUUUCUGUGUUUAACAGUAUUGAUAAUGAACAAUUAACAAAUUUAGUGGAGAGUUUCACUAAAUUUCUCUCAUUACUUACACAAUAUAAUCCUAAUUCAUUAACUAAUGAAAAUAACAUCCUUAUACAAAAUGAACCUACUCCAAAACAAAAUGAAAGCCAAGAAUUAUUACCAAAAAAUGAUGUCAUCAAGAUAGUGAAUAGUGAUCUUCAAUGUCCAAUAUGUAACGAAUGGCUAUUUAGAGCGACUACUGUAAACUGCAAUCAUACAUUUUGUGAAACGUGCAUUAAGAAAUGGCUGAAUAUUAAUAAAGCAUGUCCUGUUUGUCGUGCUUCAAUUCAAUACACUUCUACUUCUAUAGCAGUUGACAAUUUUAUUACAAAUUUAUGUCAGUUGAUUGGUGGAUUUUUUAAAGAACGGCGAGAAUCAAUACAGAAUUCACGAAAAUGUAAUAAUAACAGUUCAACUGUUGAUCUUACAAUUGAUGAACUAAUUAAUGAUUUGAAUAUUAGCCAAUCAAUUGUAAAUGAUACUUAUAUAAGCCAACUUGAAACUACCAUACCUAUGACACAUCCAAAUAUGGUUCGUUUAUUGCCUUGUCCACCAACACCUGUAUCCAGAGCGAAUUUAAGACAACCAAUAGCCAGCUCAAAUACACACCAUCCUAAUAGAGUUCAAUUAUUACCUUUUCCUCAAUCAUCUACAGUAAUUAGCUCUCGUGAAAAUCGUCUUCAACUUCCAUCUUCCACAUCUGCAUCAAACUCACGUGUAAAUCGGUUGCAACCAGUACCUUCAACUAAUGUUGGUUCUAAUGUUGGUCUACCCACAAGGCAUCAAUCAAAUAUAGCCAUAUUAUCACCAUGUCAUCGAACAACUUCAUUAAAAUAACAUAAUGUUAGGUAUUACUACAGGACCUAAAUUGCAAAAGUUUGCAUCGCAUUACUAUUAUAUACUAUAUAUAAUUAUUUUUGUAACAGUAGAUUUUAAAAUUGUAAUAUGCAGCGUAUCAUAA